AUGGAAAAUUAUACGUACAACAGCCUCACUCUUCAGCUUGAGGGGUUGAGGAUCACCAAGACUAACAAGUACCCGAUCUUUAUUUUUCUGCUUUUCAUCUACGUCUUCAUCAUAAUUGCCAACGUGGGCCUUGUGGUUUUGAUAUGGACGGAGAAAAGCCUGCACCAGCCGAUGUAUCUCCUCUUCUGUAGCCUGUCCAUCAAUGACGUUAUGGGGAACUCUCUCCUGGUUCCCCGGGUGCUCGUGGACAUCCAUUUGCCUCCUUCUGAGCGUCUCAUUCACUACUAUGAGUGUGUGAUGCAGGCUUUUACCGCACACAUGUUUGGCACCAAUGCGCACACUGUGCUCAUGAUCAUGGCCUUUGACAGAUAUGUGGCCAUCUGCAACCCACUGCGCUACUCUACUAUAAUGACUGAUAAAAUGGUGAUGAAGCUGACAGUGUCUGCCUGGGGAGUGGCCUUUGUUUUAGUCGGGAUUCUGCUCGGUCUGACCAUACGACUGAACCGAUGCGGGACUUUUAUCAUGAAUCCUUACUGUGACAAUCCCUCCCUGUUUAAGCUCUCCUGUGAGAAUGUGUUCAUCAACAACGUCUAUGGCCUCACUUUCACUGUGGUGCUGCUCACAUCAUCUAUUGGCAGUAUAAUCCUCACUUAUUGGAAAAUCACUGCAGCCUGUCUGACUAGUAAGAGCAAAUCUUUGAACAGCAAAGCCUUGAAGACCUGCAGCACUCAUCUGUGCCUGUAUCUGAUCAUGCUGGUCAGUGGGUUUGUGCCCAUCGCCCUCCAUCGUUUCCCUGAAUAUGCAGAGUACAGGAAGAUUUCAGCUAUUCUCUUUAAUGUUGUUCCCGGCAGCCUCAACCCCGUCAUCUACGGGCUGCAGUCCAAAGAAAUACACAAGUGUUUGUCCAAUAUAUUCCACCACAGAAAAGUUAAGCCAUCGUUUUAA